AGGAGCCGCCCUCGCCGAGGCGGCCCGCGGUCUCCGCGGCGGAAUUUCAGGAGCUGGUGGCAGACAUGCUGCGGGACCUCCUGCCGCGCGCCCUGGCCUUCGGCCGCUGCGCGCCCAAGGCCAUUCCUGUAGUGGCCGACACCAUGGUCUUCAUCGCCUCGCUCACCACGCCGAUCUGGCGCAACGAGGAGACCUCGAAAGCGGAGAACUCCGAGGCGGUGGUGCGCGCGUGCUUGGCCGAGCUGGACGCUGGCGCGCCCAGCCAGGCGGGCGCGGCCAUGCAGGUGCUGGCGUGCCUGCUCCACCGCAGGCCCCAGGUCGCCGUCGCCGUCGGCGACGAGGGUGCGAAGGGCCUUCUGAUGAGACUCCACGGCUGGUCCUGCGACUGCGUCCUCGACGCGCUGGCGUCGUCUUCGAGUGCUGCCACGGGGCCUACGGUGGAACCGCCCACCUGGCUCACGCAGGUGGUCGUGUGCCAGCACCAGCUGCUGCAGCUGGUGGACCUGACGAAAGUCCGCGACUCCAGAGAGGCCAUGGACUCGGACAGCCAGACGCAGCUCGUGCACGGCGUCCUGGGGAUCGUGCUCGCCUACCCGGAGAUGGACUCCGGCCUGGCCCUGGCCUGCCUCCAGGUGCUCACCCACCUGUGCUCCACGACGGUUGGUGCGAGGGCGUUCCUGGACUUCGCCAGGGACCCCUCGCCGGAGAAGCAGGGCCACGAUGUCGCUGGAGGCCUGAGGCUCUUGCUCCGGAUGGCCCGGCCCGCGGCCUUCGACGGCCUGCCGCAGAUGGUGGCCAGCCUCGUGCUGCUGCUCCUGGAGGACGGGCCCCUGCUGCAGCAGAGGAUGGAGGCCGAGAUCCUUGCGCUGCUCGGCGCGGCGCGCAAGCGGCAGUUGCCCAUGCGCGACCUGUGCUCCCGCCUGCAGCCGCUGCUGGCGCGGGCCCCUCGCGUUUUCGAGGAGACGCUGCGUGGGAUUACCCAGAUCGCCCAGUCUCACGAGGACGGCGCCGGCACCGUGCUCGAGCCGAUCCCCGAGGCCGAGAGGCCGCAGCGACCGCGGCCGCGGGCCGCUGGGUCGCUGCCCGCGGCCGCUCUGCCGGUCCUGCAGACGCUGAUCUUCGAGACCUGCAUCGGCCUUGAGAUCCAGAGCAAGACAUCCUUCACCAGGGUGCACGAGGCCGCGACGAAGACGGUGGAGACGGAACCCGCUGCGGCCGCGGCCGCGACGCUGCCCCCGCCGUUCCCGGCGGCCCUGGCCCCGGACGCGUUGCUGUUCGUUCUGGAAAGCGUCUUCGCCAGGGUGCCCGCCCUCGGUGCCCUGCUGCUGCGCCCGUUGCCAGCCCUCCCGCAGGCCGCCCUGGACCGGCAGCUGGCCGUGCAGCAGCUGCUGGCGGGCCGGGGGCAGGCGGCGGCCGGCGCCGGCGACGGCGGCGAGCCCGCCCAGAAGCGCCAGAAGGUGGAGGGGGCGCCCGCUCCGGCCGCCGCGGCCGCGGACCUCCCGAACGCCCCCGCCGUCGCGAGCCUCCCGCCCUCGGCCCUGCAGAAGAGCAUGCUGCUCGUUCUGACGCGGCACUUGCUGCCGCGCUUCGCGGGCCUGACAGGCCUGUGGACCGCGCAGGUACGGACGCUGGCGCCCGCCCAGCGGGCGACGCUGGACCGCCUCCCCGGAGGCGCCGCCGGCACGGUGCACCGCUGCCUGCCCCACCUCGGGGCCUGCCUGGCCUCCGCCGUGCGCCACCCAGGGCGAAGGCAGGACGCCGCGCAGGGCAAGCGCGAGCGCGCGAGGCCGCCGCGGCGCGGCUGGCCGCUUCGGCUCAGGGCCCCCGCCGCGGCGAGGGGGGAGCUCUCGUUCGACUUCGAGCUGGAGGUCGAGGCGAAGGACGCCCUUCGCAGGGCGCGCCUUGAGGAGUCUGGCCACGGCUCCAGGAGCGGCACGGGCCGGGAGGUGUGCAGGCACUGGCUCAAGGGCCUGUGCAUGAGGGGGGACCGGUGCUCCUUCCUGCACGCGUGGGACUCCCGCAAGAUGCCCGAGUGCUCCUCGUGGCGGAAGUUCGGCAGUUGCACGGAUCCGUUCUGCAUCUUCCGGCACGUCGACCCCAGCGAGCGGCCCCUUUGCGAGAGCUACCGGCUGGGCUUCUGCCCCCGGGGCAAGCUGUGCCGCGGCCGGCACGACCGCUUGCCACCGGAGCAGCGGCCCGUGCUGCUGCCCGAUUCCUUCAUCGACUCGCUGCUGCUCAACCCGCACCUGGUGCCCCAGGCCAGCAAGGCGAAGCGCGGAAGGCACGCAUACAUUACUGCCAUGCCUGGCCAGGACACGGACACCGCUGCCGUCGAUCAGGGGCCCGUGCCCGGCCUGCCGAGCCCCAUCCACGGGGAGUGCCGCUACUUUCUGGUGCGCUCGACGAAGAUCAAGAGCAUACGGACCUCCAUGUCCAAGGGGGUCUGGGCCGUCAGCCACGAGGCCACGCCGAGGCUCGAGCUGGCCUUCCGCGACGUGGACCACGUCGUGCUGAUCUUCGCCGCCGCCGAGAGCCGACAAUUUCACGGGUACGCCAGAAUGUCCUCCGAGCCCGAAGACAGGCUGCUCUCGGGCAUCUGGGAGGAGAACGGGAGCUACCGGAUCGGCCCCAACUUCCGCGUACACUGGAUCAAGCGGUGCGCGAUGGGCCAGUCGCGUGCCGACCACAUCAAGAACCCGCGUGAUGCCGAUCUCCCGGUCCUCCAAGGACGAAAGACGACGCACAUGUAUACGCUUUCGGAGGUUCGCUCGACUUCCUGGGGUCGGCGCUCCCCGUCUUCGUAG